AGUGAGGCAUCGCCAUCUUGGUAAUCCUUAUUCGUCCUCCAAACAUUGUGAGGGAUGACUGAGCUCAUUGAGUACUUCUGAUCACCGCUGAUGCCUAGAGACUGCGAUAGUGCUGCACAGACGUCCUCUGACGUUUCUGGCAGCACAAACGAAAGCUCGCAAUUCCCGAGGACCCGAAGAGUCAUGCAGAGCGAGCAGGAUCUGGCGUCGGCGCCGACGAACGGAAAGAAGCUGCGAGUCGUGUUUUGCCACCCAGACUUGGGAAUAGGCGGCGCGGAGCGGCUGAUAGUGGAUGCAGCGGCGGAGCUGGCGUCGAGAGGCCAUGCCGUUCACAUCUUCACCGCCCAUCACGACCCCACCAGAUGCUUCCCCGAGACCAUUGACGGCACCUUCCCUGUGCACGUGCAUGGAAGCUUCCUCCCCCGCCACAUCGCUGGUCGUCUGCAUGCAGUCUGCGCCUACCUCAGAUGCCUCUGGGCGGCCCUCUGCAUCGUCAUCUCCGUGUGGCUCCGGUGGAUCCCAGCCGUUGAUGCCAUCAUCACAGAUCAAGUCUCAGCCGUCCAUCCCAUCCUCAGACUGCUGCCUGCCAAGAUCCUCUUCUAUUGCCACUUCCCAGACCUCCUUCUAGCCCAACGGGACUCGUGGCUGCGAUCGCUGUACCGGACACCCAUAGACUGGGUUGAGCAGGUCACCACUGGUAUGGCUGACAGCAUAGUGGUCAACAGCCGCUUCACUGCUGCCACAUUCGCCUCCACCUUCCCCUCGCUAGCACAACUUGGUAUCCGCCCAGCCGUGCUCUACCCGGCUGUGGCACUUGAUAGCCCCGCUGCUGCUGCUGGUGGUGCUGGCGAAAGCACGUCGGGCGCUGGACUCCAGGAAGCACAGAAACUCGGGAUUGAUUUGAGCAGCCGCUUCUUCCUCUCCAUCAACCGCUACGAGCGCAAGAAGGAGAUCACCCUCGCCAUCUUCGCUCUAGGGCUGCUCACCCGCUCGUCAGGCCAAGCAGGGACAGCGGCGGGCAGUCAACAAGGCACCCAAGACGGUGCUGCAGCUCUUGCGCUGUCGAAGGCUCAGCGCCCCCAGCUCAUUGUUGCAGGUGGGUGUGAUGCUCGGGUGCGGGAGAAUGUGGAGUAUUUGCAAGAGCUGAAGCGGCUAGCAGAAGAGGAGGGAGUGGCAUCCGACGUCCUUUUCCUCACGUCCAUCAGUGAUGCACUCAAGGCUCAGCUUCUCUCCCACUGCACUGCUGUAGUCUACACGCCUCCUAAUGAGCAUUUUGGCAUCGUACCGUUGGAGGCCAUGGCAGCAAGCAAGCCAGUGGUGGCAUGCAACAGUGGAGGGCCAACCGAGAGCAUAUUAGACGGCAAGACGGGUUUCCUCUGUGCUCCAAAACCUGCGGCAUUUGCCACUGCUCUUGCCACACUCUGGGCUGAUCCCUCUCGGGCAGCUUCCAUGGGCCAGGUAGCUCGAAUGCAUGUGGAGGAGAAGUUUUCUCGAAAGGUUUUUGGUGACAGGCUGCAAGAAAUCCUUUGGACAAUGUGGUCUUAGAUAGCUUUCACGUUAUGAAUAAUGCUCAUGGCCAAAGCUUGGAUAAGAAGUACCGCGAUUUCAAUAAUGGAUGACCCAUUCUAAGGGGGUCAGUUAUAAGAUUGCUCAAUUAUAAAAUUGGAAGCCCUUG